CCGUCGAAAAACCUCACAAUUUUUGCAUUAAAUUUCUAGUUUUCAAAGAAAAUGACCUCCGAAGUGCUGGAGGAUGAAAUCAGUGAAAUUUCAAUUGACAACAUUGGAGUAAAUGAAGAAAUUGAAACGUACGAAACUCAGGAACAUCCGCCCGAAUCCGAGAAACCAUCGGCAACCCCCGUUGACGGCCAGGAUAUUCUCAUCGACGCACUGCUAGAUCAGACACCGGCAGAGUCCUUAGAAACCAUCAAAACCUUCCAAUGCAAAACCUGUUCCAAGAGUUUCGACGAAAUGCGAAAGCUUGCGCGCCACAUGAAAUCUCACAAUCGGAAUCGAAUCAAGUGCGAAGAGUGCGGAAAGUUUCUGAAAUCCCGAUCAAGUUGGAAUUCGCACCGUCUACGGCACGAACAGGGCAAACGAUUCGAGUGUGAGGUUUGCCGGAAGCGCUUUGCGGCGCCGAAAGACUUGAAAACGCACUACAAAGUGCACGAAGAGAAAACGGAACGGUUUCGGUGCGACGAGUGCGGCAAGGAUUUCGGAAGGAUCUAUACGUUGCUGGACCACCAGCGGUUGCACAGUGGGAAGGAGGUGUUCAGCUGUGACAAAUGUGAUAAGGUGUUUCCCAAGCGAAGAAAUCUGCUGCUGCACGAAAGGUCACAUUUGGUCGAAGAAGAGGAGAGCAAAUAAAGUGUGAAUGAAUCGGA